UAACACGAUGCGAUGGCAGUUGGCAAUUAUGUGGCUUUUCGCCUCGGCGUUUGCAGUACCUGUCAUAAAGUGGCGCCGCCAAAUAGUGACGCCGAAGCACUUGAUGGCACCACCUUUGUUACCCAUCGCACAGGACAAAGUUGUGGUCACCCCGCAGAAGCUUAGAGAAGUGGCUGACUUGAAGGCCAUGAUUCAAAAGGCCGUCGAUGAGAACACUUCCGUGGUGUCCACUGCACCAUCAAAGGAUUUUCUAGCAACACUGGGUGGAAAUUGGGGAACACCUUUAUCCUUGCCUCCUUCCUGGACUGCGCCAGCCUUUAAUCUUAAGUUUUCUUGGCAUGGAUUUGGCUAACAACAUGCAACAAAUUUGAUCGAAUUCGUAGCUCAUACUCGUAGUAUAAGUCAACAUUAAUCGAAGAGGUGCGGAAAUCGCAUAAGCUUCGAGCCGCGCCUUUUAAGGAACUGCAAGACGAGAGAUCAAAUGCGACCUCUGAUUAAUAAUUAAACAAGAGUCAAGCAGUGACUAGCAUUUGUAAGCUUUUAUUCUUCGUCCAAUCGACAUCAAAUCGGGGAGAAACUACGGAACGUUAUGGUCUGGCGAAUCUUUUAUGUCAUGAAUUGAUAAUGAAUGUUUGUCCUGUACAAAAUCAUCUUAAACCACUACAUAAUAAUUUUAGUUAUAUAUAUAAGGUACCGUGAACAACAAAAAAGCUCUAAAAUAUGUUUAACAUUAUUUAAUAAAUCUGUGUUUCUACGUGGAAUCGCAACUGAAAAUAAUUUACAUUUCAGAGGUUAAUGGAGACAACAACAAUAUAUGUUGUAUAACUAGGACAUGUUCAUUCCAAUAUAUCAAUAUACAUACAUAUACGUAUGGUUAAAGCUUAUAUAGUAGCUAAAUAUAUUUUAGGUGUUGACGCACAAUACAUCAUUUUCUAAUUUUUUCUUAUGCGGCUUUAUAAGUUUUGUUCCCAUUGCAGUGAAAAAACAAAAUCUAACAAAUUACAAGCACAUAACUUAUAAUUGAUAUCUACGAUAUGACUAUUGCUGCCCAGCACUUUGUGAUUUACCUUUUUUACUGUACUAAUAACAAAGAUUUGGUUAUUUAGUUCGUGCCCAUUAAACAAUAAUUUCUGAAAAAUUUAACAGAUUUUAAGUCCUCAGCAUAUUGACUAGUAUUAAAAGGAAAAAAAAAAAAACAAUUUCAAUUUCAAUUGGAAUUCAAUUGGAAAAUGUAAAUGUGUAGGAGUGUUGUUUGUGAGCAUAGUUUCCAGAUUAUCAUGGUUAGGUUCCCUCUGCCUAGCUCCAAAAUAGAUUUGAUUACAAAGGA